CCUGUCAAUCAUCCGGUCGGCGCCCUUUGAUGUCGGGACUCCUCGCCUUGUCUUAGGCUCAAAUGAGCUGUUUGCUGUUGUAGGGAAACAUUAGUCCUCUAACGCAGCCAGCCGGGGGGACGACACAUCUUAACUUUUUUCCCCUUGUAUGUGGUGGGGGUUACUACACUUUUAGAGGCGCCCCAGACCAAGGAGAGAAACUCCGUAAAUUCUUCUCUUUAUUAAUACGUUUUCUUUUUGUUGGUCGUCUUUUUUUAAGUUAUUAAACAUCCGCUAAAGGAGGUGGGAGAAGUAGUCAUGCCUCAGCUCAGCAGCGGCGGUGGGGACGACCUGGGAGCGAAUGAUGAGAUGAUAGCGUUCAAAGACGAAGGGGAGCAAGAGGAGAAAAUCCAAGAAAACGCAUUUACAGAGAGAGACCUGGCCGACCUCAAGUCCUCUCUGGUGAACGAAUCGGAGAUAAAUCAAAGUCCUAACUCAGCGGCGGUGAGACGGGGACAGCAGGGCGAGCAGAGGGGCUUCCCAGAAAAGCACCGGGAGCAUCUCGACGGAGUGUUGAAGCAGCAAGAUGGAGGCAUGUACAAGACACCAGCGUAUCCGGGGUAUCCGUUCCUGAUGCUGCCUGACCCCUACCUCCCCAACGGCUCUGUUUCUCCAUCUUCCAACAAAGUGUCCGUGGUGCAGCAGUCUCACGGGAUGCACCCGCUGACGUCCCUCCUGCCCUACAGCAACGAGCACUUCAGCCCGAGUCCUCCACAUUUGCCCACAGACAUGAGCCAAAAGACAGGUGUUCACAGGCACCAGUCCCAGGACCUCUCAGGGUAUUACUCCCUCCCUCCAGGCGGCGUCGGUCAAAUCGCUCCCUCCAUGGGCUGGUUCCCUCACUCUCUGAUGCUGGGCCCAUCAGGCAUGCAUCCUACAGGGAUCCCCCACCCAGCCAUAGUGCCCCCUACAGGCAAGCAGGAGCACGAUCAUUAUGAUCGGAGCAUGUACAUGAAGCCGCAGGUGGAGGCCAAGCGGGAGAAGGAGCCCAAGAAGCCGGUCAUCAAGAAACCCCUGAACGCCUUCAUGCUGUACAUGAAGGAGAUGAGGGCGAAGGUCAUCGCAGAGUGCACAUUAAAGGAGAGCGCCGCCAUCAACCAGAUCCUGGGACGAAGGUGGCAUGCACUGACCCGGGAGGAGCAGGCCAAAUACUACGAGUUGGCCCGGAAAGAGAGACAACUCCACAUGCAGCUCUACCCCACCUGGUCUGCCCGAGACAACUACGGCAAAAAGAAGAGGAGAAAAAGGGAGAAGCUUCAGGACUCCAACACAGACCCGGGCUCUCCUAAGAAAUGCCGGGCUCGCUUCGGCCUCAACCAACAAACGGACUGGUGCGGUCCCUGCAGGUGUGUAACCAAACAUCCAGCUCACCCCCUCCAUAGCACCGCACUGCCGUCGUCCAGCAGGCAAACCCCCAUCUUUCCUCCCAUCUAACCAUCUGUCCAUCACAUCGUCACCUCCCUCUGAUGGAGACAGUUAUUCAAACAUUUCUCAAAGGCGGAGCUUCCCUAAUCUCCUCCAAAUUCCCCAAUAAUCCCCUCCUUUCUCCCUCAAGCCUUAUUUUAUUACUCAUGUUACAAUGCUCAACCCACUUUUGAUUAUUUCAACAAAUGAUCUGUUCUGCCUCAAGACAAGCUCCGCCUUCAAAGAAAGUUUGAAAUCCAGCCUGUUCUCUGCAUGUCGUCUGUCACUAACGUGUUGCUCUGCAAAUGUAAGCCUUAUAGCCAUAGACAUGUACUGAUAGUAAUAGAGAGACGUAGUACAUGCACAUUUUCACUGUUGGAAAAGAAGUACCAAAACAUCCCAACCCUCUUGCAGCAACAUGAUAUCACCCUAAGUCAGUGAUAGGCUCAAUAUUAAAAGAGUGAUGCGUUUCCUUUUGAUCUGUUUUCCACUUGAACUUGUUACCAAAAACUCAUUUUCUCUUUAAAGGACAGACAGGGAAUAACAUUCAAGUACUCAAAACAAAAACAAUGCAGGGGAGUGAUAUUAGAAAGAAACAUUCCAAAAUAUUUCCCCCUUUUUUAUGGAAUUUAACUCAGAACAUGUGUUGACAAAUGUAUGAAUUCACAUGAGUUAGUGCCGAAAAACAGUCGUAAAGGUAAGGACGUUCAACUUGUUAUUGCAACAGGCAAAGGUUACAGUUUGGCUGGGACAUUUAAACCAAAUAAAGGCGUUAUAAUCAUCAAACAUACAGCUUGUUCGGAUAGUAGACACAACAGCUAAAGCUUUAAUGUGUUUCAGUCACCAAGAUUGCUAAAUUAAAUGUAUUAAAUCAUGUUGCAAACCAUAUUUCUCAGUACCAGCUAGAAUCAUUUAUUUCAAAUUCUUAAAAUGUAAAGAAAGUUCAAAACAGGAAAACUGAUUUGUAAUGUUUAGUGGGACAUUGAUGAAGUAUCUGUCAGAGCUGACUACUACAAUAUCCAUCCCCGAGUUUUUCGUUCCUGGCUUUUCCCCCCAAAAUUGCAACCGUCGUUUCUGUGUAAUGAAUCAGAAACAUGGUUAUGAUGCAUUAUAAAUGGGACGCAGGCCACCGCCUCCUGCGUUUCAGCCUCAGCAGGAUUUACAGGCGACGGCAGCCCAUCUGCACGAGUAGGAAUCUGC